UCUAUCUUUUCCUUUUUAUUUGAUUUGUUGUUUAACUUUUACAUGUGAGCAAAUCAUUUAAGGUGGACAUUAAUUGUUAUUGUUGUGAAGGUUAUAGGGUUUGCUCUUUUGCCAGUACAUUUAAUUAAAGCACGCGCAAUCAUAUUUUCCACAGACAAUGUUGGCUGCUAUAAAAAUGGAAGUCAUGACUCCUGUUUAUUCACCUGGUGAAGGCAGUAUAGCGGUUGAGUUUCAUAUGCCCCCUAUAUGCUCUCCAGUCGUGAGGCCAGGUAGGCCUGCUGAGGUAGCACCAGUGACAUCACAGCAACUUUUGACUCUUUAUUAAGGCAUGUGAAAUUGCUCUGGAAUGAUUGAUCUGAAGGAGCUAUCCCUGAUCAAAGGAGAAGCAGCUUGGAUGGUGUACCUGGAUAUAUAUUGUCUUGAUGCUGAUGGAGCUCUUUUUGAUGCUGCUUUGCUUUCAGCGGUUGCUGCAUUUUCUCCUUUGGAUAUCCCAGGGGUUUCUUUGAAUGAUGAAGGAAGAAUGGUGAUGGUCUCUGAGGAACUUGAGGGUGAAAAGUUGGAUAAAGAACCUGUUGACAAAGAGAGGAGAAAACUCUUGUUGAAAAGCAUUCCGUUUUCCCUGAUUUGCAUUCUUCACAAGAACCACAUCUUGGCAGAGCCUACUUUCGAAGAGUCCAUAUUGGAAACGCUCAUGACUGUGGAAUGCGUUCCAUUGACCAGGCAAAGAAUGAAGGAACUUAAGGAAAUAAUAGAUGCAGCCAUUUCCACAAUGGAGAUUGAUUAG